CAGAGCCCUGACUUUGGCAGAGGAUGGCCGAGGAGGAGCCUUCCCAAAGCGCCCUGCUCCGAACUGGGACUUUUCCCAGCUUGCAGCCCCUAGUCCGAAGGAAUGGGCAGCCCUUCCUCGUUACCACAGCUGAAAGGCUGUCCUCCCAAGAGUUCUAGCGCAAGGCCCUAAACGAAAGUACACCAGAUCUCAUCAUCUGCGAUCUCAAGCACUUCUGUGGGGGGAAAGGAACUUGAGGAGACGCCUGCAUCCUCCUUGAUGAAGAUGCUUUGUGAGGUGGCCCUGCACACGCUGUUCUGGGGUGUUUCUCCAGGGCUGCUCCAACAUCCAGGAGAUGGCUCCUCAGCCACCUGAAAGGACAGCACACCUUCCCUUUAGGCAAGGCAACAAUAGCUUUCUCUGGCCCCUUGAGCGAGCACCUGCUAAGAAGAUACAGAGAAGUACCAGAAACCUUCGCUGCUGCAGUCAGAUCAGGAUGUUCAUCACUGAUGCAUACCAAAGAGGUUUCAGAGACCCAGGGGAAGACUUGCAGAAGCACAAAGGGGAGGCAAAGUAGAUAAUGGUGGAGCCUUGGUGCUACCUACUACGUUGACCCUUUCGCCCCAUCAAAAGGAUCAAUAUUGAUCAUACACUAAUGGCAGUGUUUACCUUUGUGAAAGCAAAAAGAAUUUGUCUGUCUUCAUCUGGCCAAUAAAUUUCAGCUCUGUGAUCUCUCUGUAUGGGCUCCGUACAGUCAGUCAGACUGUGCAAAGAUGCAUUUUCUGGGUUUCGUUAAGCCAGCCUGAAAACAAAUGAAUGUCAGUGCUAUUUCAGGUUGAAGGGACGGUUCCCAUCCACUCUACUGACGCCUCCCCAGCUUCUCAGGCUUGGUUUAUGGCCACGCCACCCCUCCAUGUAUGUUUUGAGUCUAGGACUGAUGCAUAUACAACGGGCUUACGUGGCAAUGUUUUGGUAGUGGGAGAGGCUGCGGGGUUGGCAUGGAUGAGCAAAGCCCAGCAGCUGCCCCAUGUCAGAUCAGAGCCAGCUCCAGCCAGCUCCAAAAUAGACCUGCCGCUGGCCAGAGCCGAGCCAGUGAGUGAUGCCGGUUGUGCCUCUGGGAGGUGUUUAAGAAGAGUUUAAAAAAAAAAAAAUGCUGCAUUGUAGCAGCUGGAAGAAGGGACUGAGAAACUGAGAGAGAAGAAACCCUGCAGCCACCAAGAUCAGUGUAGAAGGAAGGAAGGAGGUGCUCCAGACACCCUGCAGAGAAUGAGCUGCAGCCUGUGGAGAGGAGACCACACAGGAGCUGGGGAUCUGGGGGUAGUUGCUGCCCACGGGAGACCCAUGUUGCAGCAUUUUGCUCCUGAGGGAUGGACCCCAUGAUACAGACCCAUAUUGGAGAUGUUCCUGAAGAGCUCCCACUUCCUGUGGGAAGCCCACGUAGGAUCAAUUUGGGAAGGAUGGCAUCCCAUGGGAGGGACCCCACAUGGCGCAUGGGCAGAGAGUGACCGUGAAGAAGUAUGUGACUGGUGCUCCCUGCUCCUGAUCCCUGGCAGUAUGCAGAGCUUCUGCCAUGGAUCAGCAGCUGCUGUCAUCUCAGCAGAACAAAGAAUGUCCCUGACGUGCUGAGUUUACUGUCUGAGCAGAAGAUCAAGAGCUGAGGACUUACAAAUCUUGCAGAUUGAGUGGAAGACAGUGUGAAAGAUAAAUGGAAGAUUUGGAGACUAACUUAAUCCAGACACGUAAAGCAUGUAGAAUAGAGCAAAUGGUAGCGAAAUGGCUUCAUCGCUCCCGGGAUGGUGCGUCCAGGUCUGUGAAUCAAAAUUAAACUGGAUGGAAUCCUGGCAGGAGCUGAGAGCUGCAAAUUCUCUUACCACAUUGCUGGGUGAAGGUGUUGCUUGGACCCAUGGAGGUCAGGGCUUGCUGUGGGGCUCACCUGGAUUUCUCCUUCCAUGCAACCACUGGACUGAGGUGGCUGAAAGAGUUGUGGCUGCAACUGCCUGGUACUGCUGGCCUGUUAUCUUCACAUUUCCCUGGAGCCCAGGGGAGCACUGCUGGCCUGCCCACCAUGGAGACUCCCAUGGUGGCAGACUGCCUGUGACAAAUGCCACCAGGGAUGGCAGAGGCCAGCCUGCCAGCCAUGUCAGGCUCACUGUCACAGUGUACAAAGACUUGGUCCUCCAUCACUAUGGCUUUGAGAUUUGCCCAAACCUUCCUCUUACAAUUGCAUCUGUCACUGCAGGGAGCACUGCUGAUGGGAAGCUGCUGCCAGGUGACCAGCUCCUCCGGAUAAACUCCACCAUGGUAGAGGACAUGUCCAUUGAACGGGUGGCUGACAUGAUCAGGGAGGCUGGUGACGAGCUCUUCCUAACCGUCCUGCGCAGCACGUCGGGUGGGCCUAAGUCAUCGUUCCUCACUGCAGAGAAGAGGGCAAGGCUGAAAACAAACCCUGUGAAAGUACGUUUUGCAGAGGAAGUGCUGGUGAAUGGACACACACAGGGGAAUUCUCUUCUUUGUAUGCCAAACGUUCUCAAGGUAUACUUGGAAAAUGGGCAGACAAAAGCUUUCAGGUUUGAGACAAGCACUACUGUAAAGGAUAUUGUUCUCACCUUGAAGGAGAAGCUCUCUAUCCGGAGCAUUGCACACUUCGCCCUCACCCUGGAGGAGCAGUACAAUGCAGCAAAGGUCCACUUGCUGCAUGAGGAGGAGCUCAUUGAGCAGGUGGUCCAAAAAAGAGAAUCCCACGACUACCGGUGCCUCUUCAGAAUUUGCUUUGUCCCAAAGGAUCCCUUAGACCUCCUGCAGGAAGACCCAGUUGCCUUCGAAUAUCUUUACCUGCAGAGCUGCAGCGAUGUGCUUCAGGAAAGGUUUGCUGUGGAAAUGAAAUGCAGUGUGGCAUUACGUCUGGCUGCUCUACACAUACAAGAGAGAAUCUAUGCUUGUGCUCACCCACAGAAAGUAUCCUUGAAAUACAUUGAGAGAGACUGGGGAAUUGAAAACUUCAUCUCACCAACUCUGCUUCGAAACAUGAGAGGGAAGGAUAUCAAGAAAGCCAUCAGCUACCAUAUGAAGCGGAACCAGAUCCUGCUGGACCCUCGGCAGAAGCAUAUGCUCGCAGCAGUCCAAGUGCGUCUGAACUACCUACAAAUCCUGAGUGACCUGAAGAUGUACAAUGGGAAGAUCUUUAAUGCCACCCUGAUGCUACAGGACAGAGAAUCAUACGUUGCACUGCUGGUGGGUGCCAAGUAUGGGGUGAGCCAGAUUAUCAAUAGCAAGCUAAACAUCAUAACAAGUCUGGCAGAGUUUGCAAACAUCAGCAGGGUGGAGCUUACAGAGGAGUCUGAGAAAGUGAGCAUGGUAAAAAUCUACCUACAGGAUCUGAAGAUGCUGACUCUGCUGCUGGAAUCAAACAGUGCAAAAGAUCUUGUUUGCCUCAUCAUUGGCUACUACAGACUGUUCGUGGAUGCGAAUGCCUCCAUAUUUACUUGGGGAGAGAAAAGACAGCAACCGCACCGUGUCUCAGCUGAAGAAGGAUACGAAUCUCGAACCUGCAGUGAUUCUGAAGACUCCUGGGAACUGGAUUCCUCCUUAGAGCAUUGCUUGGGCAUGCCCGCAGCAUACAGCAGCACCCCUCCUGCGUGUGAGAAGGAGCUGGGAGAGCUUCACAGCCGAGAGAAGGACAGCAGCACAAAGCCCCAGGCUGGAGGAAGUGACCAACACGAUGCAGGUGGCAACACAACAGACAGUACAUCUGAGGCUUCAGAUUCAGCCAACACAGAGAGCCGAGGGUUUAAGACAAGUGGUUCAAGUGACUCAAUGGAUGCACUGGAGGAAGAUGAGUUGGAAGCUUGCUCUUCCUCCAGGCCAGAGUUCUUCCACUUCUACACACCAACUGUACACGAAAUGAACAACUCAGAUGAGAGUUUCUUUCCUGUUUGUGCUGCAGAAGGCUCCAGCAGGGCAAAAGACAGGGACUUCUUCUGUUUCUUGCAGGUACCAGAAGCAGAGGAGCAUGGACGUGAGCACAGCCCCUGGGAGGAGAGAGGAGUGGACAUAGGUGUGUCUAUGCUAGGGUCCAAGCUAUCUGAGAGAAAUGCCAUGGGCUAUUACAGCCUGUGUUGCAGCGUAUCCCCUGCAGGCAGUGUAGAGAAGAGCAACAUCAGUCACAGCCCUGGAAGAAGGCCUUGGAAAGAUGUGUCAGCCCAAGAAGAGGCACACUGUGGAGCAGAGCAGGUAGCAGAAGCGAGUGAUCUCAUUUUGGAGCCACCCCCAGGCUUUGGUGACACCAGCUCUGAGGAAGAGUUCUAUGAUGCUGCAGACAGCCUCAGCCCCCCGGACACCCUGGCAGCAGCCUACAAGAUAAUGUCCCAGGAAGGUAUAGACAACUCCUGCAAGAAACCAAGGUGUUACAGCCUGGGGGAAAACCUAAUGACAAGGCAGACAGCAAGAGAGAAGAAUGGAAAGGAGAAGCAGCUGACAUAUGCCAAGAGCCUGAGGAAGAGGAGAUCUUUUCUGAAAACCAAUUAUACCUCACAGGUCACUUUCCCACUGGCUUUACCAGACUCCCUGCAGAGCUACUGCACUUGGCCACCCACACCACCACUGCUUGCUCAGCCCCCAGAUCCACCAUCCCCAGAGAACUUCGAGAAAGAUGCAGAAUCAGGACUUCCUGCUGCCACCCAGGCCCAGAGAGACACGGCUAGCACAAACCCAUCCUCUGACAUGAUGGAAAUGGAACCUGACACCAUGGAAACAAAGUCAGUGACUGAUUUGGUGGUUUCUUCCAUUUCAGCUGUUCGCCUGCAGGGUGACCACAGGGAGGAGAGUGCAGGCAUUGCCAUACCUGUGGAUGACCUUUGUCCAGCACGUGCUGCAUACCCACCUUUCUUGUUCCUGGAGGAACCCAUGUACCUUCCCAGGGAACAAAGCAGAGUUGUCCGGGGAAGUCCCACAAUGGAGGUAAAUACUGGGUGGCCAAGUGAUGAGAGUUGUGUGAGCAUCGGAGAUUGGCUGGCCCAAGCAGCACUGGGAGGGGAGGGUGAGAUGAUGGAAGUCAAGCAUGAGGCUGGCAAUGUCCCUCUGUUCCAGGUCCGAGAGGUGACUUGCCCUGCUGAUGAAUGUACUCUGCCCUCUUCAUGCUGUGUUGCCAGCAUGGCCAUUCCCCAUGGGGUGACACAGGACCAGGAUCUGCUUCCUGCUGCUGGGGAGCAAGCUGCAUGGGAGAAGCCUGUCCUGGCUCCCUGUGAGGAAGGAAAAGCUAACCUUGACAGCUGUGCUGACUGUGAGAGUGACCAUGCCUCAUUGCAGGCAAAAACCAGACAAGAAAUAAACAAGGAAGCCUUACAGAAAGUGCACAGUAAAAGUCACAUGGGCUUUCCAGAUGCAACCCAGCUGUUAACAGAUUGCAGCAGCACCUCAGGGGUUAUAACUCGCCUCUCCUGGCUCUCAUUUGGUGCAAGAUCAGACCUAACAUCACCCAGCCCAUCUCAGAAGAGAACAGAUGCCCCACUAGAGCUUUUGGACUCUCAGAGGACCAGUAGGUGCCUAGAGGUUGAUGUUGUCAGAAAGGAGAUGCAGAUAUCCUCAGCUACACUACCCUUUGAGAAAGAGCUGAAAAGCAGACAUGGGCUGGAUGAAGGGGUGUCCAGAAAAGACACAGAAAAUGUUGCUCACGAACAGACCUGGUCUGUUCAGAUUUCUCCCAGAGAACAGGUUACAGAAGUGGAGAAAGACUCUCCCCUGACUCCUUCUCAAGGGCUUUCCAUCUCCUCAGGCGUAAUUCCCUUGGGCUCAUUGGAAAAAAGAGCAGGAGACCACAGGACUUCAAAUUACUCCUUCCUCUGCUUUAACCAAAAGAAGGAUGAGCAGGCACUUUCCGGACCUAUCAUGACCAGAUUUUGGGGAUUUUCCAUGAUGAAGACAUCACCACCACAAUUUGGAAUGGACAAGUGCAGCUGUCAGCUAUCCUAUGUCAGCUGCUUUCACAGGCCUGACGAAGAAGGAGAGCAGGAAACCACCAUUCCUAUGUGCAGCUUGUUUCUGCAGCCCCUCACCACCCCACCAUCCACCAACCGCAGUCUUCCUGGGUCCUCUGUGGACAGUUACCCUGUGACCAUCGCUAGGGACAAGGCUGUGUGGGACCCUCAUGUCCAAGCCCUCAGCCAGCUGAAUGACCAAGCACAGAUGAGCCCCGCAGACUUCUCCUGCUUCCUGGCCUACACUACAGAGCUCAAGGAGGUUGUGGGAAACCUCUCAGGGAACCAAGCAACCCACCUGCAAGACCGAUGUGCUGAGCAGGGUGCUGAGAGCAAGGGUGCCCUUGGCUUAGCCUCCCAGGACCUGCUGUCCAGUUGCAAGGAGCUUCUGAAAAUAGAGCGGCCACUUGAAGAGCUGCAGGAUGCUUUGAGGGUGACAUUUGGGCACCUUGUUCAGCUGGCAGUGGCCUGCUUCCAGGUGACACACUGCCAGCUGUGCAGGCAGAGGCAGCAGGAGCUCAGGGCCGCACUUGUGGAUGUGGUAGGCACCUAUCACCAGUUUGUGCAGGCUGUUCACCAGCAGCUUCACAGGCAAGGAUGCCCAGACCUGGGCACCAAGCUCCUCACUCGCCAGCACACAGCCCUCACUGCUGCCAUGUUUUGCCUCAUGCAGCAGUUCAGGGUGCCCCCACUGUUUUGACAGGCCAGUUGGUGGCAGAUGGAUGCGGUGAGUGGAGAGGAGCUCAGAUGUGUUCCCUCCGUGCAAUACCAGGCUCUCCUGCCUUGGAUGUUUAGACCCCCAGCUCAGCAAAUAGUCAUGGAAGGGCAUGUCCAUGCGCAUUGGCAACUGCCCAGUUCAAGGGUGGCCAUGGGGAAGGGCAUGCCCCGCUCUAGCCAAGCUUUGUGUAAUUCUGUGUACACAAGCACUGUGUAAUAUGCAAACUCAUAGAGCAGUAACUUCAGUAACUUACAUAUCUAGCCUGGGGUUUGUCCCUCACCUCCCGAAUGCUUUGCAGACGGCUAGUCUCAGGGUGGUGUCGUAGCCUUUUUCUGUCACCUGCGGAGAGAGCCUUUUGUCUGCCUUUCCUCAGUCCUUACAAACAUGCCAGGCAGGGAGAUGACCAAGCAGGCUCUGAAGUUGAGUGAAAUCGACGUCCACCCUGGUCUGACAAAGAAACCCAGGCUGCUUAGUCCAGUCUCUGUGGCUGAGCUUGUGAUUGAAAACACUUCGGGGGGGGGGGGGGGGGGGAACCACUAUAUAUGUGCUGUUUGACUGCUUUUGCAAAGGGGGUAGAGAAGGUUUUCCCAGGCUGGGGAUACACCAUAUCCUCUCCUUCUGACAUGGUUUCUGCAGGUCAGCCAUAUCUUCUGUUCCCAUUUGCUGAUGCUAAAGAAAGUCCCUAAUCAGCAUCUUCUUCCCUUUGCCCCCCCUCGCUAUGAUAUAUCAGCCGUGUAAGUGUUUAAGAAUCCCUGUCUUCCGAAAAAGGAAGUCCUAAGACUGAAGUACCAACCUGACAGCCAUUGAGAUGAGCCAUGAUGUUAGCCUCCCUUGGAGAAGGCAAGCCCCUUUUCCCAACUUUCUUAUCAAUAGCUCAUCUUGCAUUAUGUGCUAGGUGUCCCUAGCUACGUAUGAGCUGUUAGCAUGUAAACGUUUUCUAAGUUGCGUAGUCAAUCAGUGUGCCUUCCAGUGCUGGAGGUACAUCCUCAGGUCUCCAGUGAUAAAGAAGGCAGCAAAAGGUCCCCGAGUGCUGUUUUCUGACUUUAGGAAUUUGUUUGCAGGGGUGGUGCUUCCAACAGUCCCUGCAGAUGAGUGUGCUCAGAAUGGAGGGGCCUGCCUAAGGCAGCAAAGGGGAGCAGGUAGGCUCCCAGCUGCCUUGUUCCACACAAGGUCACCCCAUCUCCUCAUGUGCCCAGGAAGCGGGUGGUCAGGACUGUCCCAUGAUUCUGAAGUAAAGGACAAGUCCUUGCAGCUGAACCCUAGUGUAGGAGAUGGAGGCCGCUGAGGGUGCUAGCGGGUGGGUACUACAUGGAUGCUGUAGCAGUCCUAAGGGACCUCCCAUGCCAUGGAGAUGCUGAAAAACACCCAUAGGAAUCUGGCAGCCUUUAGCAGCCCUACACUGACUCCAGUGCAGGUGCUGCCUCUCACUGUGCACCUACAGGCAGAAAGCUAGGCAAGCUGCCCGAGGGCCAUCUGCUUUCCUGGCUGCAGAGGCUAAAGUGCCUUCAGCCACGGGGGGAGGAUAGAUGAAUAUUCACUGAAGCAGGAUUUUGUGACAGUUAUCGCUGGCAGGUUGUUUUAGUUAGUGUGUGUGCUGCUGCCUAACAAUCUCAGGGGAUGAAUAAGCAAGACAAAAUCUCUUAUACUUAAGCCAAAGUGCAGACUUGCUGCUUUAGCAGGGUGCAGUGACACCUAACUAUGCACUAACAACUGAUGAGCAGUGCUGUGUGACUACAAACAGAAAGAGCCCACAGGCUACAAUAAAGCAACAGGCACCUGCAAAGACAAAUUCUGCCUAUAUGGGGAUCAACAACUACUGCCUAUCAACAGCUUCAGUCAUUGACAGUGGGUGUUCUUGUUUGUUUUUAAAGCAACAAUGACUUUGAUAACUUUAUCUUGUGUGCAUCAAAAAUGCUCUCUGCUCAGGACAUAAAAUGCAUCAUGGUUCUGUGCAGAGCACAGUCAAAUCCCAGAUACCUUUUUCAAGAGGAACAUCAGAGUUAGUGAACGUCGCACAUUAGUGCAGGAUGAUGGAUAAUGGUAACACAGCAGUAGCUGUAAGGAUGCAAUGUGACUUUAAACGUUUUAUUUUAGGUUGUGAGCAGCAUGCACAGAAUUACCUACAGGCUUCAGCCAACUCUUCAGUACAAGAGGUAUGAAGAAAAUAGCACAUGGUGUACCUGUGAACUUGAUUCAUUGCAGAAUCUCUUCCCAUCCCAUGUUCCCCAAUUAGAACAGCACUGCCCUUUUCUUUAGGAAGGACUUUUAUUCAACAAUGUGCUCUGUAAUUCUUCCUAUUUAAUCAAGGUGAAAGAAAUAACCAUUAAGCUCUCCUCCCCGUCUUAGAACAGUUGCAGGUUUAAGAGUAACAGAUUCUCUAUUUUCAUUCGCAGAUGCUUGUUAAACUGAAUUCCUGUCAGUUCUUCGUUGAUGCCAAGGCUCAACUGGCUUUUGUUUUUCAUUUCAGGAUGAAAAGUCAUUUCCAGCAUUGUACUGUUGAGGCAGAAUGUGUCACUCUUGACGAGGUCUGUAUGCAAAUAAAUUUAAGCAGAGCUGUUUUUUCUAUACGUGUUCAUGCUAGUGCCUCUGCUUGAAAUCUGAAGUUUGCUGCUCUUCCCUGCAGAACUCCUUAACAUCAUAAAAUAAAAGAGUUUUCUUGUGCAUCGU